CUCGGUCCCUCCCUGGGAACAGGCGCUGCCCACCCAAGGAGGCGACCGGCGCUCCUGCCCCGCUCCCGCUCGCUCACUCGCACACGCAUCUACCCGUGCGUGCGCCUCUCUCGCUCCCUCACUGAAGUCAGUGCUUGUGUUUUCAGGUUGCUCAGACCUGAAAUCUAAAGGAAAAAGCUGAGCGUUUGCGUCGCUGCUCCUGCCGCUGGUGGUGGUAGCGGUGAAGAGGAGAGAGGUUUGUUGUUUUUUUUUUUUUCCCUUGAAUUCAAUGGAUCUGAACUUGGAGUCUUUGGACCUCGGCGGUUUUGGAAUAUCUACAUGCUGAUCCUCUUUGUUGUGGCACAUCAGCUCGUUUGGGGAAACCAUCCGAAGACAGCAAGAUGUUUCUCGUUAUCUUGUAUUUCGCUUUGCCCUUAGUGGAUGUACUUUUGUCCGCAGAAGUAAGCGGGCUGCCUGGAGGGGACCGCCUCGACUGCGUGAAAGCCAGCGAUCAGUGUCUCAAGGAGCAGAGCUGUAGUACUAAAUACAGGACACUGAGGCAGUGUGUAGCCGGCAAAGAGAGCAACUUCAGCCGGACGACAGGCCUGGAGGCAAAGGACGAAUGCAAAAGCGCCAUGGAAGCUCUCAAGCAGAAAUCUCUGUACAACUGCCGCUGUAAGAGGGGCAUGAAGAAGGAGAAAAACUGCCUGCGCAUUUACUGGAGCAUGUACCAGAGCUUACAGGGAAAUGACUUGCUUGAAGAUUCCCCUUAUGAGCCAGUUAACAGCAGACUAUCAGACAUAUUCAGGCUAGCACCAAUUGUAUCAGUGGAGCCAGUACUUUCAAAGGGGAACAAUUGCUUGGAUGCAGCAAAAGCUUGUAACCUAAAUGAUACCUGCAAGAGGUUCAGAUCUGCUUACAUAACCCCCUGCACCAGCAGCACGUCUAAUGAAAUCUGUAACAAGCGGAAAUGUCAUAAGGCCCUCCGGCUAUUUUUUGACAAAGUUCCCCCAAAGCACAGCUACGGGAUGCUCUUCUGCUCCUGUCGAGACGUAGCCUGUACAGAAAGGAGACGGCAGACUAUUGUUCCUGUGUGUUCAUAUGAGGACAGGGAGAAACCAAACUGCCUGAAUUUACAAGAAUCCUGCAAGAAGAAUUACAUCUGCAGAUCUCGCCUUGCAGAUUUCUUCACAAACUGCCAGCCUGAGUCACGGUCUGUUAGUAGCUGUCUGAAGGAGAACUAUGCUGACUGCCUCCUCGCUUACUCGGGGCUUAUUGGCACAGUGAUGACACCAAACUACAUAGACUCAAACAGUCUCAGCGUUGCCCCAUGGUGUGACUGCAGCAACAGCGGUAAUGACAUAGAUGAAUGCCUGAAAUUUCUGAAUUUCUUCCAGGACAAUACAUGCCUUAAAAAUGCAAUUCAGGCCUUCGGCAAUGGUACUGAUGUGAAUGUGUGGCAGCCAAUCUUACCAGUACAGACCACUACAGCCACAACUACAACGGCUUCCAGACUUAAAAACACAGGUUCAGAGACCACCAACAAUGAAAUACCCACCCACAACGAUUCACCAGCAUGUGCAAACCUGCAGGCACAGAAGAAGCGGAAAUCCAAUGAAUCUGUAGAUACAGAGCUCUGUCUUAAUGAGAAUGCUAUUGGGAAGGACAACACAGCAGGAGUCUCUACCAGUCACAUAUCUUCGGAGAAUUCGCUUGCUCUUCCUAGAAGCUUCUAUCUAAGCACACUGCUCACUCUGAUGACACUUGCACUCUCACUCUGUUUGUCCCUAAGCUCAUCAGUCGUCUUGUAGCUGCAUUUCAAAAGGACUUGUAAAAAAAAAAAAAAAAAAAAAAAUCUGUUUCCUGUCCUCUGUUGUUUAUCUGGAAUUCCAGGUCUGGGAGCUAAGCUGAGGCACUCCUGCUAGAACAGUUUCAGUCAGCUGGAAUUUUUUUUUUCUCUCUAAAAAAGCUUCUUGUGAUAUUUAGAGGCUUUGUGAAAUACUUGGUGCAGUGCUACAUUCCAAACCCAAAAGGCUUUUGGGCAUGCAGUGUUUUAAAGAGACAGUGUGUAAAUUUGCCUGUAAAGCGACCUGGUUGGAUUAUUUUAAUAAUUAUUAUUUUAAUUCUGGCUUUUACCCAAGAAGGAGGAUGGCAGUUUUCUUAAGAUCCUAUUUAUCUCAUUGAAUGAUUUUGGUUGUCAAAUUGAUUGAACUUCAGACUAUCAAGGAUGCCAGGCUUUUGUCUAAUGGUGAAUGUUCUCCCAGAGAGUGGACUUUAUGAAACAUCUUCAUUUGAUAAAUUGCUACUGAUGUUAAACUCUUUCAGUGUAUUAGCAUUUUCCUCUUUAAAUGUUUAUGUACUGUAAGUGAUUCUGCGUUCCCUCCUGAGAAGCCAUUAUAAUUCACAUACAGGUAUAAUGUAUGUCUUUCAGUUAAAUUCUCAUAAAAAUAGUGUGGCAUAUAACUUUCUAACAGUACAUUUAUCUUUUAAUUAUAAUCAUCUAGCCUUAACAAGGGUGAAGAUUCUUUAACAAGAAGCAGCCAUUGUGAAAACUUGAUAAAGAUACAUUUCUUUAAAUUUGAGGAUAAGCGGUAGAAACAAAUUUUGCUUCAGGGUUUCAGCUGUACAGUCUAUGGUCUUCUAUGCUUCCAUUGUGAUAAUAUAGUCCAGUUAUUAUACUGUUUGUUUAAUAAAAAAUGACAUACAAUUUAUUUGCUCUAGUAAAACAGCAUUAUCUGUUUAUACGUAGCUGAUAACGUCAGCUCAAAAAGUUACCGGAACUUCAUGCCUUACUUCUCUUAUCACAAUAUUGUAGAGGGAAAAGAGGUAGUAGGAUAUCAUUUCAACUGUGUUUUAUUUCUUAGACUGCUAAAAUCAACACAAAAGGAUGGUUGAUCCAAUUACAAGGCAGCAUCAUGCACACUCACCCAUGUGACAGGCUUUUCUCACCCUGGUAGUUCAUACUGCAGACCUUGGCAUUGCUGACAUGAUGAACUGUUUGCAAGACCAGUUCCAUAAAUUGUUUUAAUGGUUUGGAUGGCAAUAUUGCCAGUAUACAUGAUUAGAUCGCUUUGGUUUUCAUUCAGUGACAUUGACAGCCUGUGCUGGCUCAUGAUGAUUUUCUGUGGUAUCUAGAAGGAAUUCUUUAAAGCUUUAAAUGUCAUCAAAUAGGCAGCAUUUCUCCUAAGGGCUGUCUUUAUACCUUACUGUGAUGGCUUGUUGACUGUUACAAGCAGUUAUGACUAAAUGAUCAACAGUAACCAGUUUUUGUUUCUAUUGAAAGUAGAAGAUAACUUUACCAAGCAGGGAGUUCAUCAUGUUGAAUUUAUAGAUUUACAUUGAGACUUACACAAUUAUGCCCAGGCCUGCUCUGAAAAGUCCAGAUCAGUUAUUUGCAAUACAACUAUAAAGUACAAUUACUGUUUUAUAAACUGCAAUGAAGUUUGGAAGUGUGCAGAAUACACAUCUUACUAAGAGAUUAUUAAACCUAUUGACAAGUUCAUCUUUUGAUCUUUUUCUUAGCUAAUAACAAACACUGUCAUAAAUUCUGAAAUUCACUUAUGUACUCGAUUAUGGUCAAAUAACAUAGGUUUCAAAGCACUGUGUGUGUGAUAGAAUUCUAGGAUACUCUGUGCCACUGAACAUAACAAAUUAGACAAUAUUACUCUUUAAUUCUGUACUGAUAAGAAACUGCAAAUUACUUUCAAAGGCAUCAAAGCUGCUUUCACGGAAGAAAAAUAUAGCACAUCAUUACCAGCAAAGCCCAUGUGGUUCCUGUUGCUCUUCUUGUAGAAGCUAAUCAAAUUAUUGAAAACUAGUGACAACAGAAAAAAGAUUACGAGAUUCAUGAUUUAAAAAAUAAAUCAAAUUAUUUUAUGUCGAAAGGAGUUGAUAAUAUAACGUAUUGAAAUGCUAAUGAACAUAGCAUUAUAAUUCAAAAGUCUGACAUUAUCCAAUUAAAAAUAUUUUCAAAACAAAUUCAUAAACAUUACAAUUAUUAAAUCCAUCUUUGAUCCACAAAGCUUUCUUUAAAAGAUCAUUUGUAUUCAGCACAUUAAACAUUUUAAGCAGUAUCGGGAAUUUUAAUAACCUCCCAGUAUAGUACGUACUUUUUGAAGAUUUUUUUAUAUUUGGUUUGAUUACAGUAUCUCUGUUACAUUUAAUACCAAUUAUUAGAGCUUUGACACUGUGUGAUCCAGAAUAAAAGCUAUUGAUCACUUAUACUGUAAACAACAACCUAAUUAGGUUCUGAUUACAAAAGAAAUUGCUAGUUAGCUGACUCAAUGACAGUUACCUUUGGAAAUACAAUUAUGUAUGUAGUAGAGGAAGAAAUGGCGUUUUAUACAGCUAGCCAUGUUACCACCAAAAAACCAGACCACUCAAGCUUUUUUUCCUGUAUAAAUUAAAAGCAUACUGAAUUCUUAAUCAAAAAAAAAAAUAAACUGCUUAUUAAACAGGCAAGAAGGGAAAAAAACCUUAAGAGUCUGACACUUGAUGAGGUUUUUACAGGCGUCACCAUGCAAAUAUUGGAGGGUUUUUAGAUGUUGGAUGUGGUAUGGAUGAUGUCAAUUUAGCAUGGUGACCUUGUCAAUGCAGUCAUUUGCUACAGUACUGAAGUAUGCAAAUUGUUUAAUUUUCGUCCCUUUCAGUCACUAAAAUGCCAUGUGUUGAGUCUUUAAUGAGCAAGCUUAGGCUGGGCCUUAUAUAUUCCUUUAAUACGUUAAUUUUAUCAACAUAACAAUAAUCUAGGAACCGUCCAACUACAAGAUGUACAUACAGAUGAUCUACUGUUUAAAUUGUAAAUUUAACCAAUUCAGAUGUGUGUAAAUUAAAUCAUGGGCUACUGUAAACAUACACAAAUCAUCUUUUUCAUUUAAUGUAAUGGCACAGAUGUUGUCAUUAGUAUUAUUAGGAGUGUGUAUACUCUGCCAUGUUAAAUAACCUGAUUAUUAUGUUUGUUUCUUCUUAAAAGUAGUACGCACAAAGAUAAAAUUCAGAAUGAACUGAAAUACAAGGCUAAGGUUUUGCAGUGUUAACAUAGAUAUUAGUUCCACAAGCUAGUCCAAUGAAAAAGGCACUGAAGACGAACCUUUCAGAUAUUAGUUAAAAUAAUAGCAGUUGAGGCUUUCCCCUGCCCUAGUGCAGGCGCUGACAUCCACCCACGGGCAGCAGUCCUACAGGAGUGUCUGCGCAGUGAUUUGGUCAGUAACGAGGAGCGCAGCCUUCGUUUCACUGACUCGGCUCCCUGCGAUCCCAGCUGCUUCAAGAGAAUGGGGAGGGAGGUACUGAGCACUGAGCAGGAGGCAUCCAUCCAUCUUCACUGGGGCACUGCCCGCUUCCCAUUGAACAGCUUCAUUCCCACUGUGUCAUUAGGAAGAAUUAGGAGGAACAGGAAUUCUUAAUCAUUUCAAAGCAUUGCAUAGACAGACUCUGUCUGGAGACCUCUUCUCAGCAUUUUUUUAAAAUGAAAUUAUGUCCCUCUAAGACACAACCUUUUGAAUAUGAGGCUGUUCAUAAUUUAAGGGAUGGUGCAGUUUGACUGAAAACACGAAAGUAUACACCUUUGCUAAGCCUGUGCAAUUAGGCUGGAGAUGAAGAAAACAGAGAAGGAAUCACCUUGAAAUCUUAAUCUGAUUUUAAUUUGUGAUUGUUGGCUUAAUCACGACGAUAUUUCCAUGGAGGAGAGAUGGUGAGAAACCAGUGAAGAAGAGCAAAACUCAGAACAGCUCCCUGAAGGGACAUACAUCUUAUGUAUGUUAAGUGACAGGAGUAUCUCUUACUUAGCUUGUAAUAAAAGAGCUGGAUUCUGCUAGAACAGCAGCUCCCUCAGAGCAAGCAGUAAAAGAUGGAAGAAUAAGCAGUUAUCUGUACAGCAAUUAUAACUUUCUUUCAUAAAAUGCAAUUGUUUGUCUUCAACACCAAGGUGGAUCUACCUCACUGAAAAAUAUACGUUCACUGAUGGGACUUCUGCGUUAAAACUAUUCUGGGCUAAAGAGGCCUCCAAGGUUGUUUUAUGCCCAUAGGGUUCGUCAGAUUCUACCUGAUGUCAGGGACAUCAAAUAGAAAUAUAUUUGCUUCUGAUGAACUUGGCAGAGAAAUUAAUCCAGUGACUUGUUAAAUAUUUCUCAUCUUUAAAUAUUUGCUUUUUCUUAACAGCUCAGUUCCUCCUAUGACAUUUCAAUUAUUGGCUAUUUCAGCUUCUCCUUUAACUUCAGAAGGUCAUUUUCUCCAUACUCUACAGUAAUCCACUUUAUAGAUUUGCCUCAGUAUUGUUUGGGUUUUUUUUCUAAUUACAGCCUUCGCUUCUGAGAAAAAAAAAUGUGACCAGGAAUAUAUAUCUACUGAACAACCAACACCUUUACAGGGGGAGGAAAUUGCAAGUUCCUAUUCUAUCUGUUUAGCGCAGGUUUGACUAGAACAAGCUAAAACAUGAUACUGCUAUUCCCCAGAUGGAAUUUAAAAUUUAGUUUGGUACUGAAUAAGGGUUAAAAAGUUUUAAACUCUCGCGAUCUUUUAGAAAUAUUUAAAUAUUUCUAAUGUAUUUUCCAGUUAGAAUUUCAGCCAAAUAGAUACAGUCUCACUAAGCAGUAUUUUUUUUCAAGAGUAAGAAGUUUCAUUGGGAAAUUUUGAUGGGUCCAUUUUUAAGGUAAAAUCAGGGAGGGUGGUGAAUUCCUAUUUUUAACUCAAUAUUAUCUGGACUCUCAUACACCUUUGUUCCGUGUUCUUUUCAUCUGAGUAUGUUCGCCUUCAGGGGACAGUUAUGCUUAACAGAUACAUAUUAGAUAUGGUCACAUCAAUAAUCAGAAGCCAAGUCCUGCAACUCCUACUUAGAUGCUCCAUCUCUUUUAUCAUUUAUAAAAGCCAGAGCAACAAAUUCAAGAUGGGCCUAAAGAUUAUCUGAAGUUUAAAAGAGCACAGGGUCAACCACCUACUCAGUAGCAUUUCUUAUCAAUAUAGACUGUGGUAUUAUAAACUGGUGCCAUCUAGACUGCUCACUAAAGUUCUCUGAGCACAGUUAACCAGGGCAGCUGCAGUUUCUGCUUUUUUACCUUUGCCAAUAGCCGAACUUUGCCAUGCACACCCUUAGACUUAAUUGCUGCCUAGAUUACAGCAGCCAAACCCGAUCCCACUUCAGCAAGGGUUCCCCUUAGCCCCUUUUCCCCUGCUCUUAGUUAUUCCAACACACUUUAAUUCUUUUGCACUACUUUUUAAUCUGUCAAAAGGAGAAUUUCCUAGAAUCCAGGAGAAAAUGAGUCACAGAUUUAAGGGCAAUUUUCUUCAAAUUCCUCCUGCCAAAAUACCACAAUAAUUGACCUCUUACGGACUUCUAUCCUCCAAAGCAUUGAAUCCCCCCUGCCCAGCAUCUUUAGUCCUUAUGACACUAAGCAGGAGUUUUGGGGAUUCAGCUUCCAGUAAAUGAGGCCACAUUUGUUUUCAGGCUUCUUCAAGCCACUCAUUCUAUGAAUUGAUGUUAUGGAUAAACGUAAGUAAUUAGAGAUGGUGUCGUGGCAUUACACUACUCCCCAUGUUGGCCAGCUCGUGUCAAGCCGUUUUCCAGCAUUGGUACCAAUGAUGCAAAGUUCCUCAUGACUCCUUCAGUUGGACAUUGCUUUGACAGUAGGAGAUGACAUUCAAAGUCCUGCUGUUGUAAGUGCAAAAAUGUUACGUCUUUUACUGUUUUAUUCUUGUCUGAAAUACAACCCCUACUCCACCCUUUUCUGAGUUCGUUCACUCGAUCUCCUUGGAAGCACCAAAGAGCUGAAGAUGGUUGACUGAUGCCACCCAGUUCUUGGUAUCAGUCUGAGUAACCUAACUCCAUCUCAGGUCAGUAAUCUCAGUCCAUAUUUACUGGCCACCUGCAUAAUGCAGGACCACAGUGGGCACUAACAUGUGAACUCCGUCAAGCACAGAAGCCAGCAAAUAUGCUGAAACUCUGGAGUAAUUUUCAAAAUAGAAUUCAAACAUCAUGGUCCUCUCCUGAUAAUGUUUAUGGAAUAGGAUAUAUAUGACAGAAGGAAGCUUUUGUCAAAAACAGGAGAAAGCCUGAAGAUACAAAAAUUACUGUUGAGGGAACCACCAUGUAUUUUAGCAGAAGAUACUGGAGAAAGCACACUGCUGAGAAAUAGAAAUGUAUGUCCCGCUAGGUAGAAGACAGAGAAAUCAUACUUUUUUUUUCUUUGACUUUGUGAAUUGGCCCAUGGAAACUGUUGCCCCUUUUGAGAGGUGAAGCAGUUCUCUCAGGAGUAUGCUAACCAAAAUGCAGCUGAUGGGAGCACAGGGUCUCCUUCCCACACCCCCAAACCUGAUUAUUAGUAAUGACAUCCUCUGCAUGCUUUGGGGUGGGACAAAGACUUUAACCCUUAAAUGAAAGUUAAUUCAGGAAGAGUGUUUGUAAGGCUUGUUAGAAAUGGAACAAAGCCCCACAGUGGAUUGCAUCUGGGUGUGUGCAAUCCGGGUUGAGCUGAGUCACACACUGCUCAUACAAAAAAGUAAGUGAAGGUAAAAUUGAAAGCAAAAAUAUGGUCUUGAAUUUUGUAUUGCCUCCUCUCUGUGAGGCAUAAAAUCAACCUCUUACCUCUCCCCAGUACCCUCCAGUGUUUCUGGAUAAGAAAAAAAAAAAAACCACCACCAAACCAAAAAGCAGGCAGAGGAAGAAAUUGCUUCAAAGCACUGCAACUCGUGGGAAAAUUAACCGAUGGCAAUUAUUAAUCUCUAUUCUCCCCUCCCCCAAAAUUACUGCUACUGAGUUUGCUUAACAGGGUUUGUAUGAUGUUUUGUGUAGCGUUACUUAGUGGUGAAAUGAUUAGCCAUGAUUAGUACCGCUCAUGCUGGGAAGGUGUAUGUGUCUUUCACCUGAGGGUAUGUCUAUGUUUGCACUUUUUGUGUAAAGUGCAAGUUGACAAGACCUGCAGCAAAGAGCAAAUAGCAGGGGAAGGCUCAGGUAAAAGUAAUUUUUGUAACAUUGCAGUGAUAAAAGGAUUAAUUGAGGGUAGGCAGAAAGGAUGCAGAUAAAGGUAAAAGGUAGUAUUUGGACCCAGGAAGACUGGCAUUCACUGUGAACUGAGGAUAUCCAAUGUUAGUAUCUUCCUGCCUUUUUUUUCUUUUUUUUUUUUUUCUUCUCUUUUUACAAAACUAUCUGUCUAGAACAUGCUUCCAUUUUCUGGAGGAAAUUCUUGCACAAACAGUAACCUUCUUGUGUAAAUUCUAUGUUGUCUAAUGGAUUUCUGUACAUCUCACUGCAGGUUAUUAUGUGUCAGGUCUUCAGUCAUAAUGGCUGGUAACUUGUUGUAAAGAAAAAAACAAACCACUGUUCACUUGUUCCUGUUGACUUAGACAUUGCUCUGAGGACAUUGCUCUUUGGACCGUCCACACUUUGGAAGUCAAUUCAUGAUGUUUGGCAUUUUCUGUUAGCAUAAUCCUCCUGCAUUAGUAUUGUACAUAUCCAGAAAACAGUCCUUCUCAAUAAACAUUAUUCUCUUUUUUUAUUAAAAAGCAUGUUUUUGUGAGAAAAAUUUCCUGGUUGGUUGUUCUGUUUUGAUUUAUACAAAAAAAAGGAAGCUUGACUGGCAAAAAAAAAAAAAAAAAAAAGCAAAACAAGCUUACUAAAGGUUGAUCUCAUUGUUCCCUGUUGUUUUACAGUCCACUAUGAUCUAAGAAAAUAAGAAAUAAAGCUUUUCCCUUUAAAUAUCCGUGCA